UGCCUGACGGGAGACGGAGGGGCGAGGGAGCGAGUCGGUCGGCCAUUUUGUGUCUUUCCUGUGGGACGCGGCGGCGCUCGUGUGGGACGGUGCGGCAGCGGGUGUCUGCUUGAAUCCCCUUUCCUGCCUCUCCUCCCCUCUCUUGUCCUUUGUCCUUCAAGCGCGGCAGUCAUGGGCCGGAAGAAGAAGAAGCAGUUGAAGCCCUGGUGCUGGUAUUGUAACAGGGAUUUUGAUGAUGAGAAGAUCCUUAUACAGCAUCAAAAAGCAAAGCACUUUAAAUGUCACAUAUGUCAUAAAAAAUUAUAUACGGGGCCUGGUUUAGCUAUUCAUUGUAUGCAGGUACAUAAAGAAACAAUAGAUGCUGUACCAAAUGCUAUACCUGGGAGAACAGACAUUGAAUUGGAAAUCUAUGGUAUGGAAGGCAUUCCAGAAAAAGAUAUGGAUGAACGGAGAAGACUUCUGGAACAGAAAACUCAAGCAGAGAGUCAAAAAAAGAAGCAACAAGAUGAUUCAGAUGAAUAUGAUGAUGAUGAAUCUACAGCUUCAACUUCAUUUCAGCCCCAACCUGUUCAGCCUCAGCAAGGUUACAUCCCCCCAAUGGCACAGCCAGGAUUGCCACCUGUGCCAGGAGCGCCAGGAAUGCCUCCAGGUAUACCUCCAUUGAUGCCAGGUGUUCCACCUCUGAUGCCAGGGAUGCCCCCAGUUAUGCCAGGGAUGCCACCUGGAUUGCAUCAUCAGAGAAAAUACACCCAGUCAUUUUGCGGUGAAAACAUAAUGAUGCCAAUGGGUGGAAUGAUGCCACCUGGACCAGGAAUACCACCUCUGAUGCCUGGUAUGCCACCAGGUAUGCCUCCACCUGUUCCUCGUCCUGGGAUGCCUCCUAUGACUCAAGCACAGGCUGUAACAGCACCUGGUAUUCUUAAUAGACCACCUGCACCAGCAGCAGCUGUUCCUACCCCCCAGCCUCCAGUUACUAAGCCACUUUUUCCUAGUGCAGGACAGAUGGGGACACCUGUUACAAGUUCAAGUACAGCUUCAUCCAAUUCAGAAAAUCUGUCUGCAUCUUCUAAAGCUCUGUUUCCUAGCACAGCACAAGCUCAGGCAGCUGUUCAAGGACCUGUUGGUACAGAUUUCAAGCCUUUAAACAGUACCCCUGCAACAACCACAGAACCCCCCAAGCCUACAUUCCCUGCUUAUACUCAGUCUACUGCUUCAACCACUAGUACAACGAAUAGUACUGCAGCCAAACCAGCUGCUUCUAUAACAAGUAAGCCAGCUACACUUACGACAACCAGUGCAACCAGUAAGUUGAUCCAUCCCGAUGAGGAUAUAUCACUGGAAGAGAGAAGGGCGCAACUACCUAAAUAUCAGCGUAAUCUUCCACGACCAGGACAAGCCCCUAUGGGUAAUCCACCUGUUGGACCAAUUGGAGGUAUGAUGCCACCACAGCCAGGAAUCCCUCCACAACAGCAAGGAAUGAGACCCCCAUUGCCUCCUCAUGGUCAGUAUGGUGGUCAUCAUCAAGGCAUGCCAGGUUACCUUCCUGGGGCUAUGCCUCCAUAUGGGCAGGGACCUCCAAUGGUACCCCCUUAUCAAGGUGGGCCGCCUCGACCUCCGAUGGGAAUGAGACCUCCUGUAAUGUCGCAAGGUGGCCGUUACUGAUGUUACUUCACCCAGUCUAAUAGGUUUGGAGAUUAAACCUUUUCUCAUCUUGUGCUGUUUAUAUAGCCAAGCUUUCGUCAAUUAAGGCUUCAUUGUGACUUUAACAAACAUUAUCUUCCCACAUACCAGGAACUAUUGGACAUUUUGUUUUACACGGGAAAAUUUUAUUUGGAAUAAUAAAGCAGGAACUUUUCCUGAUGUUGCAAUUUAUACUGUAUGGCUUCUUUUUCAUGUUUCAUCUAGGUUUUUAGAAGUGAAGUAUAGUAAAUAUGGUUCGUUAAAUUGUGAAGGCGCUGGAAUUACAUGAACAUACCACCUUAAAGGCAAGUUCUGUAACCUUAUGUUGCUAUUUGUAAAGUUAUGCCUUCGCAGCAUUUCAUAUGCUGUUGGACUUUAUGUCCCCAACAUAGCUUGGUGAGGGCUGUAACUGUUUCCAAGUACCUGUACAUUGGAAGUCUGAACGUGUAACAAUAUUUAAUGUACUUAGAAUUCCUCAUGUUGCAGGGUUUAAAAAACAAACUGACCCACUAAAGGUCGUGUGACUUUUCUGUACUGUUAAACUUAAUUGUAA